AUCUGUGUUUGCGUUCAUGGUUUAAUAUAGAGGAAGACACGAAGCAGGCAGAAGUGAUUUUAAAAUCAACUCGCAACAGUCCGCGAAAACUUUUUGCCAGUGAAACAAGUUCUUAUAUUUUUCUCACGGUUAGAAAUCUCUGUCGAGCAUCUUAUUUUUCCUUUUUAGUUUCGAUAAAUCGAGGCGCGUUUGCGAGAAGAAAAACGUAAAGUUUUUACGUUUCAUUACAAAGAUUGAAGGGAGCUUUCCGGACUAUUUGAAACGAAAUGGCGACGGAAGGCCAAACUGAGACACUGCCAGCUACGGAACAAUGGGUCCCUACGGAAGACAAACCAAAAGAAGUAACCAAACGCACAAUUCGUCUGGAAACAUGGCAGAAGAUAAAGGAGCUGAAGCCCCUGCGUCGCUUUUCCGUGUUCAACAAGAUCCCCAACUUUGUUGGAUCCGAAACAGCUGCCGAGCUGCUCGCCGGAACGGAGGAAUUCAAAAAAGCCAAUUCCAUCAAGGUGAACAUCGAUAUGGCCCAAGAACCAAUCAAGCUGGAGGUGGUCAAAAACCGCAAAACGUUGUUUGUGCCGCCGGCCCAGAAAUCGCCCAACGUGUAUGCGAAGAUCAAAAACUGCAAUCCGGACGAGUUGGAUUUGGCGACGCAGAAGAAAAUUAUCAAGCUGCAGGGCAGCGAGGACACAUUUGAAGAAAUCGAUAUCAACAAUAUCGAGAAGUUAGAUAUGGUGGUAGUCGGUUCCUGUGCAGUUGACAGAAAAGGUCAUCGAAUCGGAAAAGGCAACGGUUACGUAGAUUUGGACGUUGGUAUUCUCACAUAUCUUGGCGUGAUAACGAAGGACACCCUCAUCGUGACCACAGUGCACGACCUUCAGGUGUACGAUACGCUACCCGAAAAUUUGUUUCAAACCUAUGAUCUACCGCUGGAUCUGAUCGUAACACCGACCGAAGUAAUCCGCAUUGAAAAGCGCUUACCGCGUCCCACCGGGAUUCAGUGGAACUUGCUGUCUUCGAGACGUCUUGAAAUCGUUCCAGUCCUGAAGGGUAUCAAGGAGCGAGAAGAGAAGUCAGGAAAGGUGAUUGAACUGAAGUCGGAGGACACUGACGUAGAAAGUUACCAGCAGAAGGCACGCCAGCGAAGAUCAUUCCGGCGUCCACAGUCGGGCAAUCGAAGACGACGACGUUCGGACCGAAGGGUAAGUGAGAAGCAGCAUAACGGUAAUGCCGAGAGUCACGAUGAUGGCGAGGGCAAUGAUAAGACCGAUGGCGAGGGUGAGGAUGGAAAAUCAAAACAGCGACAGCAUAAACGUAAGCCCCGCAAUUUCCGACGUGGUCCACGGCGCUCCGGCAAGGACACCGGCGAAUCCGGCGCAGAAAGAUCUGAGGGUGAAGAUAACAGUAAGAAGGAAGCUGGUGGUGAAGGUGGAGAUCGAAAAAAGGGAGGACGUGACCAACGUCGUGACCGUCGUCAUGGUAAUCAGAAGGGUGAACGAAAGUUUAACCGAGUCGAGCGUGAUUUGUGUAUAAGAGUCACAAAUAUCAGCCGUUCAAUGAGAAUUAAGGACCUCAAGCAGGAGCUGCGUAAUCGGGAGUGCAAUCCGAUAUUCAUCACAUGGAAUGGUUUCUAUGGAAAGUGUUAUUUGCAUUUCCAGAAGAAGCAAGACCAGAACGACGAGGAACAGGGAGCUGAAUUGCUGAAGCAAUUGGAAAAUUUGACAUUCUCUGUUACCCCCCGCGAAAGAGAUGGGGAGCCAGUGGGUGAACCGAAGCAGGUGACUUUAACGUGCGAGAUUAUGAAGCGUAAGGACGGCGGGGGCGGCGAUGCUGCCUCACCCAAUGCUCCCACCACCAACGGAACCGUGCUUGAUGGUAGUCGGAUUGAGACGACGGACGUGACGUCUGUCUAGAUUGACCCUGAUGUUAACAAUCAGCGCUACAGAGUAAAUAAAUAAAGCGCGAACAGAGUGCAAAAUAUCGGAGCGAACCGAUUCCCGGUUUCGCAAUCACCGGAACCGGAAGCGGUCUUCGUCGUGGCCAACGUGUCGUCCAAUCUCUUUGUCAGUUCCCUCAAAUCCACGUUGUUUCGAGAUAAUAUUUUACUAUGGAAGGAGGAAGCCUACGCUACCGGCGCCAUCGUCGUUACCGCUUGAAUGCAACCAUGUUCUUAUCCAGACAUUUUUGAAAGUAUGUACUUUCGCUGCUGUCUCUUUAGGCGGGAUUUACUACCAACACCAGAGAAAGCGCUCGUUGCAAAUGGCUUUGCUGGUUUUUAGCUAAUUGCAACUGUUCUAAAGAUAGGGCGCUCUGACCUUUUUCUGACAAAGGAGCACUAGCGCAAAGAUGUUAUUUUUUCUGUUACUAACAUUAGGAGACAUUUUUCCAGAUAGAGAUUAUUUGUUAUCACGUAAUAGUACUAAUCAGCUUUUCCUUCCAAUAUCUCAAAACAUACACCCACUCAUAAUAUGAAGCAAUUCUGUUCCCAAACAAAAGAUGAGAGAGAAACAGAGCGAGCAAGUCGCCGCGGUGUACGCGCGAAAUCCGAUUUUUGCCUUCGUUUUUUUUUGUGUCUAAAUCGAAACACAACAGACGAUAUUUGUAGUACGAAGCGAAACCAGAGAACAAACACAACAAAACCAACAACCCGAUCGUAUGUAAUAGGAUAAUGUGCCGCUAGGAGCAGAUUUUUUACUAGUGGAAAAUAAGCAAUUCUUUUUCCUGCUAUAAAAAGGACAAACGAUUGACGAACCAAUGAAAUAUUAUUAUUACAACUGUAAAAUUACAAAGAGAAAAACAAAGGAUUACUAUCUUCAUGUGUUAGAACGACCAUUUUUGAGUGAAGUACGAUCAAAACGAUUGAAAUACUUAUAUUUAAUCCACUCCUGGUAUAUAGAAUCAAACGUAACACUGAGAUUUGAAGCAAUGAAAUCAACAUUUUUCGCGGGUUAGAAGAAGAGGGGUCACUUGACCCAAAGAUCGUGCAUAUUGUUGAAAGAAAGCGAGAGAGAGAGUUUCACAUAUGUGCAUGAUGCCUAUUUAUAUCUAUAUAAUAUUCAUUUAUGGUGUUAAUAGCAAAAAGGGUAAUUUUCUUCUUUGCACUUGAGCAAUACAUUUAAAAUGGGCAACAGUACAUAGACGCGUGUACGCAACAUAACGCAAAGGCAGGCGUUUUUUUGUACUCUAGAUCCAAAACAUGUUCUUUAGAUUAUUAUCAUUUGACACAUGAUUUUUUUUUCACUACGUUAAGCGUGACAAAUUCAAUGAAACAAACAAAACUAGUUUGUUAAAGGAAAACCAAAAGCGGUCGCCUUCGCCGCUCGCGGAAGAAUAACACACAUCAAGACAGAGAGAGAAGGCAGAUGUAUUUUGUGAGCCACGUUUCCAGUCGAAAUACGGGAGGAUCGCAAAUGCGCAACAAAUGUAGAAGCUCUGAUUUAGAAGGGAAACAAGAGGAAAUAUUUCUAAGCAUUAUGGAGGUUAAAUACGCGGAAAACAGCUAGCUUACCUUACAAAGCAGUGAAUUAGUUUAUCGUAUGAACAUUGAAGCAUAUUGAAAUUGGAGCAAGUAAUAAACGCUAAAUGCAUAAAUUGUAACAAUUAGUUUAUGGUUGAAAGUUACAUAAGAAAAUCGCGGCUAGUCGGGAAAUGUCAAUACUUGACAUUCAGUUUGAGCAAGGAAUAAACACCAAAGCGGUGCCCGACUACGCCUGCGCAUUUUAGGGUUAAUAAGCUGGAUUCGACCGGUGACAAGAAGUAAGGGCGAUCAUUGAAUAUACCGAGUGGACAGUUAAGAUAUAGAUACAUACAUAAUUGACUCGCCCUUACUUGUCAUACUUUUCUCUCCUAACAUGGAACUAGUACCUAUAUUUAAUCCAGAGGGCACUGUUCGAAUCCGUAUAACGAUUUUACCUAUAAACCAUAUUUCCAUUUCUCAUUACAAAAAAUAACAACGAGUACAACACACCCGUACAGUGAGAUCUUUUAUCAGUGACCAGUUAUUUUUGAAAUUUGUUGUAAGGAACUGGAGUCUAUCCGAUUCCCAAACAAUGCUUGUUGCGAGUCUCACAUAUACGUGUGUGUUGUUCUUUUCAUUUUACUUUGAACUCAGUAUAAAAAAACUCUCAUCACGGUUUGCAAAAAGCGAUUUCACUAAACAAAUGGUUCGUUCGUUUUCAUUAGAACAAUGCUAUAGGGUAAGUUAAAAACAAGUCAAUCAAGGACUUUUAUAAACGAGUGGAAGAAACAUAACACAAAAUCGCGUUAAAUCUAAUCAGAGUGUAAGGUUAAUAGGAUUGCGCAAAGCACCCACACAAACACUAGAGAGAACGAGAAAGAGAAAAGCAAGCAUAACGUAUAAACAUUAGAGCGUGCUUGCAAAAGUACACACAACACAAAUGAAGCGUAGGUUUAAAAAUUGAUAUAAUACAUCUAUGAAACAAAACAAGCAAGUAAAUAAGGAAACCGGAAGGGAAGUUUUCCUAGAAGAGUCGACACAAGAAUAAUAAACUCUCUCUCCAGUUUGAGGGAAAUCGACCAAGAGAAAGCUUCGCUUCCUUGUUGUUUUCCAUGUAUAAGAGUAAGGUUUACUGUAUGCUAACGUUUUCUUUUAACAAAAACUAAACCAUUACAUAACAGCGUUACAUUCACUAUUUAGGCUACCGUUGAUUUCACUACCUCUGAUGUAUCUUACUACAGUACUAAUCACUAAAAAACAGUCCAAUUGUGUCCGUGUCUGUUUAGUUUUCGCACGGUGGAAACACCCGAGCAAAUAAUUACCUUUUCAAGUCGUAUCACUAUCUCCCCAAGUCACUCCCAAAAGUAAGCAAAACAAAUAAAUUAGUAUCUUAGUACAUUUUGGUGCAAGCGCACGCUGCCGCAAGAAGAAAAUACGCAAAUGAAUAUUAUUAUGUGGACAAGAGAAAAUAAAACUAGGCCGUAAAAUGCAAAAGGUUGAUGAAAAAAAAAUGUUGAAACUAUCGUAUCUUUGGAUUCGAAAACAACUUCUUUCACUGUUUAUUCCAAAUCAAAACCUGCUGGCAACAGCGUUCGUAAACCCACGGGAAACACCAAUCGAGAACACACAGGAAAAAGAAUUAAAGGCAAAAGCAAUUUUCCAAUUCCGAAAUUAGCAAGGAUCAAAAAAUGAGCGAGCGGUUUAGCACAUUCAGCGAUAGGGCUUGAUGUGAACGCUUUGAGCCGCGUAAAAAAAAACAAGGGAAAGGGUAUCGGAAGCUCUUGAAAGGAUAGCAAAAAAACAACAAAGCGAGAACAAAAUCUAAUCAGAACAACAACAACAAAACAAAAAACAAACGCCCAGGGAUUAAACGUAAACGAAAGAAGCAACAAGCAUACACAUACACAAAAAACACUCAAAAGAAAGGCUCAACUUGAGAAUAAGGAGGCCCGCGAGUGGAAUAGAAUCAUACUCAAGCAAAACUAAUAGAACAACGGUAACUGCGUAACAAUUAUUAAAUACACAACCUGUUUGAUACUGGAAAAUUGAGGAAAAAAUCAACAUUUGUAAGAAAAUGAACAAUAACAGAAAAAACUUUUUGAAUAAAAUAUUUUACGCCUA